UCAGCCAGUUCUUGCGUGAACAUGGCGAGCGGCGGCGGCUACUACUCACCGUACUACCAGCCGGCGCCGUACUACUUCAACUACCUGCAGCAGCAGCGACUGCGAGGCGGCGGCGCGCAGCCGUCGGUGUACGCCUUCAUCCUCCUCGCGACGGUCUCCCUCAUCGCGGCCACCACGCUGUACGGAUGGUGCGAGUCGGCAGUGGGGAGCCUGCUCGACCGGCUCCGGCGCCUCCUCAUCCUCUCCCCGCUGCUGCUCAUCGUCGCCGUGCAGCUCUGGGUGGCGGCCGGCGGCGAACGCGGGGUUGGCGGCGGCGGAGGAGGGGGCGGCAUCAUGUGCGUCCUCGCGGAGAUGGUGGCGGCGGGGGACCCCAGGCCGCAGUACGGGUACGGCGGCGGCGGCGCGGGUUCGUCGCCGUGGGGCGUGGCGGUGGCGCUGGUGCUCGUGCUCUUCUUGGUCUCGCACCAUUCGUCGUUCCAGGAGAGGUGGUUUCCUCUGUUUGGCCAGUGAAAGCUUGCUACGGGUUGUGAAGGGGAUCCGGCUGGUAGUACAAGAUGAGUUUACAUUUUAUCUCUACGCUGUUAUUAUGGUAGCACGAGAUUACUGUGCAUGUUUAUUUUUAGAAUGGUAAGAUCAAGCCACCAUGUACUGUGUAUAAACAUUAGACGUAUGUGGAUGAUUUAGGACAACAUCGAGAUGCGGCAUUCUAAUAAGGAAUUUAAAUUUC